AUUAUAUAUGUAUAUGCUAUACACACUUUCUUCUACAUUGUUUUACAUGACAAUAAAAUUAAUACUAACGAUUAUUUUAAGAAUGAUUUAUGAGUGUCAUUUAUUUAAAUUAGUAUUGACGUAAAAAAGAUAUUACUCAAUAUAUUUUGUCUAUUACAAUUUUACUUGUCAUAAUUUAUAGAUCCAUUUUUAUAAAGUUUGAUAUAUAUAUAUAUAUAGUGUGUGCCAGUAUAAAUAAAAACUACAGAAUAAGUACAAUAUGCUGCCUUUUGUAUUCAAACGUAAUUAUUUUAAAAAGGAACUGAUUAAGCAGGGUAAAGUAGAAUUAUUUUUACAAAUUCCAAGAAGUAUAUCUGUAAAAGGAGAUGAAGCAUAUCAAUAUAUUGAAAAAAGUAAGACUCCAACAAUGCAUUUUCAACCAUCUCUACCACGUUUACCUAUUCCAAAAUUAGAGGAUACAUGUAGAAGGUAUCUAAAUGCACAAAAACCAUUGUUAUCUAAGGAACAAUUAGAAAAAACUGAAAUUUAUGUUAAUGAAUUUUUGACUAAAGAUGGUAUUGGAUUGCAUAAAGAAUUAAUUGAAAAAGAUACUAAAAAUCGUGAUACUAGCUAUAUUAGUGAACCUUGGUUUGAUAUGUAUCUUCGAGAUCGUAGACCUUUACCUAUCAACUAUAAUCCUUUCUUAGUCCUUAAUCCAGCAUCAAAUCCAGAACAUAAUAUACAAUUAGUAAAAGCCACAAAUCUUAUUGUAUCAUCAUUACGAUUUAUGAAGUCUUUAAAAGAGAAUGUUUUACGACCUGAAGUAUUUUAUUUAAAGCCUAAAACAAAUGAGAAUAAUGUUUACCAUACUAUUACAAGACUUCUACCUCCUCAAUUCAGUUGGUAUGGAGCUUAUUUAUUUAAGGCCUUUCCAUUAGAUAUGUCACAAUAUCACAACUUAUUUAAUACAACAAGAUUACCAAAGCCAGAAAAAGAUCAAAUUUAUGAGAAUGCAACUGGCAAAAACAUAAUUGUCAUGAGAAAAGGGCACUUUUACUCUUUUAAUGUAAUAGAUGAAAAUGGCUAUAUUCGUAAACCAAAGGAAAUAGCCAGUUGUUUAGAAUCUAUUUUAGGAGCUACCAUAUCCAUCAAUGAAAAGCCUAUUGGAAUACUUACAACAUCAGAACGUGACUUGUGGGCCAACACAAGAGCAUAUUUGUCACAGAUUGGUAACCAAGAAAUUUUACAAAAAAUAGAUUCUGCUAUAUUUACAAUGAUAUUAGAUGACAUGCAUGUUGGAACUGACUAUAAUGAGUUAAUUAGGACAUAUCUCCAUGCGGAUGGAACAAAUAGGUGGUUUGAUAAAUCAUUUUCUUUAAUUGUUACAAACGAUGGAUAUGCUGGAAUAAAUUUUGAACAUUCAUGGGGAGAUGGUGUAGCUGUCUUAAGAUUUUUGAAGGAUAUAGGUAAUGACAUAACAAAACAACCAAAAUUCUGUGCUGAUGAUAUUAAAUAUCUUCAAAAAGGAGCAGUAGAAGUCGAGAAACUCAACUUUGUCAUAGAUGACAAAGUACAAGAUAUUGUGAAUAGACAAAAGGAAAAAUUUGGAGAAUGGAUAGGAGAAUUAAGUGUUGAUCAUAUGAUAUUUAAUGAAUUUGGUAAAAAUGAGUGUAAAACAUUUGGUGUAAGUCCUGAUGCAAUUAUGCAGUUAGCUUUCCAGCUAGCUUUAUAUUAUCAAAGAAACUGUGUAGUACCAACGUAUGAAUCUUGUAGUACAGCAGCGUUUAAACAUGGUCGAACAGAAACUUUGAGAUCAUGCACAAUCGAAACGAAAAAAGCAUGUGAAGCUAUAGCUCAAAAGAAUAAUAAUUUAUCCAAAUCUGAAUUGAAAAAUUUAAUAAUUAAUUGCAGUAACGUUCACAAUAAACUCUCCAAGGAAGCUGUUAUGGGGCAAGGAUUUGAUAGACAUUUAUUUGCGUUAAAAAAAAUUUGGGAGCAUUCAAAUACUCCGAAACCAGCUAUUUUUUCGGAUCCGGCGUAUGAUAAUAUAAAUCAUAAUAUUUUAUCUACAUCAACUCUUUCAGAUCCAGCUAUAUGUGCUGGUGGUUUUGGACCAGUAGUAAACAAUGGAUAUGGAAUUGGAUACAUGAUUCAAGAUGAAAGAUUGGGAGCUAUUGUGACAAGUUAUAAAAGGAAUAAUAACGCAAACGAAUAUGUAAAAUGCUUGGAGAAGGCAUUUAAAAACAUUCAUUCUAUAAUGACUUGUGGGAAAUGAUAGUAUUACAUAUGUGCAAUUAUCCAAUUAUUAUUGUAUUAAGGAUGAAAAAAAUUUUUAAUAUUGUUGGUUAUAUAUAUAUAUAUAUAUAUAUAUAUAUAUAUAUAUAUAUAUAUAUAUUAUAUAUAUUAUAUAUCUUGAAUUUUUAUACAAUGUAUUAGUUAAGAAUUUUUGUACUAUUAUAAAACAAAGAAGUAUAUUUUUUGUAUUAUCUAAUAAAGAUAAGACAGCUCAUAAAUAAUAUUAUACAUAGUAUAUUUUA